AUGGGGCAUCCCAACAUUAUCAAGUUCUAUGAUCUCUUUCAGGAUCAAAGGCACUACUACAUCGUGAUGGAUAUCUGCAAAGGAGGCGACCUGUGUGACGACCUUGUCACUUGGGGAAAACUGGAAGAAGUCGAUGCGGCAGUGCUGAUUACUCAGGUCCUCUCGUGCCUCAAUUUCUGUCAUGGCCGCAAAGUUGUACACAGAGACAUUAAGCCGGACAACAUCCUGCUUGAGCAGACGAAGGACGUCAACCAUGUGAAGUUGAUCGAUUUCGGUUUUGCAAAAGUAUUCAAGGACGGUGAAGAGAUGACAGAGUGGGUUGGAACUGUACACUACAUGGCACCAGAAGUUGUGAAUCGCUCUUAUUUUGGAGCAUCUUGCGACAUGUGGUCUGUGGUUCAAAUUUCCAAGCACGACGUGGAACUACAUUUCAGAUGA